UCCAGUUUCAAAACACUCUAUUUGAAAACUUUCGGAAGAGGAAUCCAUCAGUUCGUGUGAAUCAAUUUUAAUCCAUUUUUAGCUGAUGGAACAUUGAAAUUUUUUAUGUUAAGACGGUGAAGUAAAACGAUAUUGUAGCUGGCGGGAUGACAACACUGCACUUCCUGCUUUUGCUGUUUUCCAAGGGCAGUUUCAUCACCGGUACACUGUACAAGAUGGGUAGUAAUGUGGAUCUGUUCAUGGGGUUUUUGUUCGUGUCGGAAGCAUUCCAAUAUCAAAUUUUUGCUUCAGGACAAAUUUUGCCACCGUAUGCUAUGCUCCGCUGUUACAGCUGCCUCCGUCCGGAAAGUCCAUGUUCUACGCCCAGAGACGUAAAAAUCGUCACCUGCAGUCCGGGAACUCGAUUUUGCUAUAAGCUGCUGACCAGCUCUACUCUCUACUUGCAAAAAGUUGCAGCUUUAGAGAAUUCCACAUUUCAUAAACGCAUCGUUGGUCCAUCUGGAGACUGCGCUGAUCAAUCACUGAUAAAUUCGUUGUGGAAGUAUGGACUUAACACACCGGAAUGUUUUAAAAGUUAUGAACUUACGAAAACGGAAUUAAGCGCGGACAACCAGAGCGUGUCCUUUCGCUUCCAGGGUCAAAUUUGCUUUUGCCACGGGGAAAGAUAUCCACUGUAG